CAACCGCGCUACGCAGCUGAUUUUGUGCUUAAAAAAAAAUUUAUAUUCUGGGAAAGUGCGAAUUAGUUAAUUUAAUAUUAUUUAAACCAAAUAUUUAGAAUUAUAAUUUAUCAUGUUGUCGAAUUUAAUAGUUAAUGCACAAAAGGGUUUAAUUGUUUUCACAGAUGAUUUGGGUGAAGAGAGAAUGGCAAUUAAACUCAUAAAGCGAAUAUUAGAUGACUUACCUGAUAAAGAUAUAAUAUUAAAAACCUUGAAGUCCGAUGAUAAUCUAAGAAAUAAAGAUACUUGGCAAAAAUUAGCUGGCGGCCGAAAUCCCAAUCUCAAUCAAUCAUCUGAAGAGGAAUGCAACAAAUGCAAUAUUAUAUUGCCGCCAUUUUCAGAAAUGCUGGUUUAUCAAAGCGCUUCAUUUGUCCUGCAAUUUUUAAAUAAAUUGAAAAGAUGCCGAGAAAUUGAUAACAUAUUCGUAUGGAUAACGCCGCAGCAUUGUCUCCAUGAGCAUUCAUCGUACUUAAUAGCUGGUUGUGAACAUAUGGCUGACGUGGUUGUUCAUAUAGAAUCUGAUUCUCAUCUAACAAUACUUAAACGCAAAUCUGACAGCGGACGUGCUUCCUUUAAACGUUACUCAUAUAAAAGGAAUGGUUGCAAUUUAUUGCCCGAAUUAUGUAAAGAGCCGAGUGCAGAAGCUGGGGAGAAAAAACAACCAAUGCCAGAACAACUAGGUACUUUCAAAAUUGAAUUAGAAGAAGAUGAACUGGUAGCCCGUAAUGCCUUAAAAAUGCCGUAUGAAAUGUCAACCAAUGUUGCGUAUACUACAGAUAUCGGUGAUAAUUACGAUGAAGAAGAUCCCGAUGAUGAUUUAUCCUUAUAAAAAGAAAAAGUUUAUUUCAAUAAAUUUGUUCUCUAAUUUAUACUUUCAUAUAAAACAUCAAAAUUACUAUUAUUGAGAAUCUGAAAUU